AUGUUGUUGGUAAAUAUUUUUCUUUCGUUACUUCUUCAAUAUUUUAUAUAUAUUAAUGUUGCGGUUGCCGAUGAAGCUAAUAUUCCUGAACUUACCGUUGUGAAGACAUCAGAGGAAGAAGAGUCGACUAUUUUGAAUGAAGAUGAGUUAAAAAACAAUGAAGCAAUACUGAAAAAAUGCCCAUAUGUGGACCCAUACUUAGACGUAAUUGCUUGGUCAACAAUUGAUCCUAAUGUUAGCAAUUGCGAUCCUUUUACUCCAGAGAAGAGUCAUAUGAUAGCAAGUGAGGCAGAAAGAAAACGAUACGAAUGGGGUACUAAAAAAUUUGCUUACGACAUAUUGACAAGUGAUAAAAUAGGACCACGUCGUAAAUUAUCACCUAUUUAUCACGAACUAUGUGAAUCUCUGCCUCGCAAUAUCAAUUUAACUGUAAGCAUAGUCAUUAUUUAUCAUAAUGAAGCAUUAUCAGUAUUAGUGCGUAUGCUAAAUAGUAUUUUCGAUCAUACUCCGCCUAAGCUCCUUAAAGAGAUUAUAUUAUACGACGAUUGUAGCGAUUAUGAUACGUUACUUAUUAAUCACAUUAUCACAUAUGGCAAUCAUGUACAGUGGCCAAUGAAAAAGAUAAUCAUGCGUCGAAGUGAUGAACGAUUAGGACUUAUCAAGUCCAAGGUCUAUGCAUCGCGUGUGGCUCGUGGUGACGUUCUCAUAUUUUUGGACAGUCACUGCGAAGUAACUCCGUUAUGGAUCGAACCUUUACUGCUACCAAUUCAGGAAGAUUCCACAAGAGUUGUUCUUCCAGUCGUUGAUUUAAUUAGUGCAAAAACGUUUGAAUUCUCGAAAGCAAUGAUAACAAAAGGCGCAUUUAAUUGGGAUCUUACAUUCACAUGGAAAUAUAUUCCCUGGGAGUACUGGGAUUUACCGGAAAACAACGUUAAACCAUUUCGGCAAGUAUCAGCGACGAUGUCAGGUGGUCUGCUGGCAAUUAAUCGUAAGUAUUUUCAUGCAAUGGGUGAAUACGAUACCGGGAUGGAGAUUUGGGGAGUUGAAAAUAUCGAAAUGUCCAUUCGGAUAUGGCUUUGCGGUGGAUCCAUCUUAGUGGCACCAUGUAGUCACGUUGGCCACGUGUUUCGUACGCAUCGUCCAUAUAAGAAUAAGCCUGGUCUGGAUUCAAAGCUGUAUAAUUCGGUGCGAACAGUUAAAGUUUGGUUCGAUGAUUAUGAUAAAUACUUCUAUGAGAAACAACCGGAUGCUAAGGGGAUGGAAGUCGGCGAUCUCAGUGAGCGUUUCAAGUUGAAGGAAAGUCUGAACUGCAAAUCAUUCCAAUGGUAUGUACAAGAAGUUGAUCCAGAACUCAAGUCUAAAAAGAUGCCACAUGAAGAUCUAUGA